GGCGGCGCGGGAGGCCAGGCCCCUUAGCAGCUGUCUCUUGGCGCUAUGCGAGGUCUCGGGCCAGGCCUGACGGCGCGGCGUCUCCUCCCGCUGCGGUUGCCCCCGCGGCCGCCGCGGCCGCCAGGUCCUCGGUUGUCGAGCGGGCCGACGGCGGCGGCCGGCGCCCUGGAACGGGCCAUGGACGAGCUACUGCGCCGCGCGGUGCCGGCCAUGCCGGUCUACGAGCUGCGCGAGAAGACGCCGGCGCCUGCCGAGGGCCAGUGCGCCGACUUCGUGAGCUUCUACGGCGGCCUGACCGAGGUGGCCCAGCGCGCCGAGCUGCUGGGCCGCCUGGCACAGGGCUUCGGCGUGGACCACAGCCAGGUGGCCGAGCAGAGCGCCGGCGUGCUCCAGCUGCGCCAGCAGCCGCGGGAGGCGGCCGUGCUGCUGCAGGCCGAGGACCGGCUGCGCUACGCGCUCGUGCCGCGCUACCGCGGCCUCUUCCACCACAUCAGCAAGCUGGACGGCGGCGUGCGCUUCCUGGUGCAGCUGCGGGCCGACCUGCUCGAGGCGCAGGCCCUCAAGCUGGUGGAGGGGCCGCACGUCCGGGAGAUGAACGGGGUGCUGAAAGGCAUGCUCUCGGAGUGGUUUUCCUCAGGGUUCCUGAGCCUGGAACGGGUCACCUGGCAUUCGCCGUGUGAGGUGCUUCAGAAAAUCAGUGAGUCUGAGGCUGUGCAUCCUGUAAAAAAUUGGAUGGAUAUGAAGCGACGUGUCGGGCCCUACAGGAGAUGCUACUUCUUUUCUCACUGUUCAACCCCAGGCGAGCCCCUCGUUGUCUUGCAUGUGGCACUGACCAGUGACAUCUCUAACAACAUCCAGGCAAUCGUGAAGGAGUGCCCCCCCUCGGAAACAGAGGAGAGGAACAGGAUUGCCGCCGCCAUCUUCUAUUCCAUCAGCCUGACCCAGCAAGGACUGCAGGGGGUGGAACUGGGAACCUUCCUCAUAAAGCGUGUGGUCAAGGAGCUGCAGAAGGAGUUUCCUCACCUGGGGGCAUUUUCAAGCCUAUCACCUAUACCUGGAUUCACCAAGUGGCUUCUGGGGCUUCUGAACUCACAGACAAAGGAACACGGGAGGAAUGAACUGUUCACAGAUUCAGAAUGUAAAGAGCUCGCCGAGAUCACCGGUGGCCCUGUCCAGGAGACCCUCAAGGUCGUCCUCAGCAGCAGCGAGUGGGUGAAGUCAGAGAAGCUGGCGCGUGCGCUCCAGGCUCCCCUGAUGCGGCUGUGUGCCUGGUACCUGUAUGGUGAGAAGCACCGAGGCUUCGCCCUGAACCCUGUGGCCAACUUCCACCUACAGAACGGGGCCGUGAUGUGGCGCAUCAACUGGAUGGCUGACAGCAGCCUCAAGGGCCUCACCAGCUCAUGUGGCCUCAUGGUUAACUACCGCUACUACCUGGAGGAGACCAGCCCCAACAGCAUCUCCUACCUUGGCUCAAAGAACAUCAAAGCUUCUGAGCAGGUCCUCAGCCUGGUGGCCCAGUUCCAGAAAAACAGCAAGCUCUAGGCUCAGCCCUCCCACGGCUCAGGGCCUGCUCAGCAAAGGAUCGUGUUCCGCAGGGUUGAGGAUCAGAAGGGCGUUCUGUGGAAACCACAGCUGCGCUGUGUGGCCCACCACAGCUGGGUGCCCUGCCCAGCCAUGCCCCAGCUGUCACUGUGCUGGUGAAGACGCACUGCCAGAUAGAGGUGGCAGACACAGGUGCAAGGCCUCUGCUGCUGGUACCCAGGACCAGUCCCUGGGCCUUACAAGGACCAGGGCAGACGGCCCCAGUGAGAAUAUAGUCUCCUUUGGAGCGUGCAGAGCAUAACGUAGCCACAGCUGCUGCUGCCAUUUCUCUCCACGCGGUGCAGGGGGAUAAAGGCUGUGCUGCGUUUACCAGGGAGAUUCUGAAGCUUGUAAGGUGUGGGACUUCAUGAUUUGCACAAAGUGUAGCAAGUUAAUCACUGAACACACAUGCUGCUGCGCGAGGCCUUGGUUGGGUGUAGGCUUUAAAACUACAGUGAUUCAAGUUCAUAAUGAACUGAAUAGUAAAGAACAGAUUUGUUCUGUAAAGCAUUAACUGUGAUUGUUUAAUGGUGACGUCUUUAAGAUUAGAGUCCUGGUCAGGCUGGAACCAGCUCUGAGGGGUCAGCUGUGCCGUCCAUCUGCAGCCAGCGGUGGGGAGCAGGGUUGGAAGGGGCCUGGAAAUGUGGGACCUGACAGCCUUGUGGGAAGAGGCCAUCGCUGCCUGUGGGAGGCAGAGUGGGCCUGUGUCCCUGUUGGUGUGUCCGUGUCAGUGAGCACAGGGUGCUGGUUUUUCUCAGUUGAGUGGACAAGUCCCCUGCCCUCCCUGAGAGUUGAGUGCUCUUCAUCCUCCAGCCCAUCCCAGGCUCCUCCUGUCAUCUCCACCUGGACGUGUGGACGAGGAGCAGAUGGUGUGACGGUGAAGUGGCGGAAGCAGUCUGGUGCCUCUUGCCUUGCUCUGGGCUCGCUCUAAAAGCCCUGGGCUUUGGAGUUGUCGCAGGCUCAUCGUCCACAGUCCCUGCGCCUGCCAGCCUCCUUCCUAAAGUCAGCAUCCUUUACAAUGGCCCUGCCUCUGUCUCACGUCAUCCUCCCCUCAGCCCUGGCUCAGGUCCCUGUCUCACCCUCCACCUCCAGAGGCCUCGGGAAGGUCUCGGGUUCCUGAUGGCCUGCUUCCCAUGGUGUCAUUUCACCUCCCUGUCCCAUUUUCUCCUGUGUGAAAAGGAUUAAUGGCUGCGUGGAGUGGGCUGAGGUGGCACCCCAAGGGCUUUGGCACGCAAGGAAACGUGUGAGUCAGCAGACUCCACUUCCCCAGGAGUGGCUCCAGAGGUGGGCGGAGGGGCUGCAGCGCCUGCCCAUCCCACGGUGCCUCAGGCAGACCAGCUCCAGUUCUUUGGAUUCACCACGGAGGCAGGUGUUCCGACUUCCCUGGAGCUGCAGUAAGAACAGCCACCAUGCCAGGCUGGCACACCCCUGGCACAGGGUUUUGCCACUCUGGAGCUCCCCUUGUGGCCUGAAGCGAGCCCUCAGGCACCUGAGGAGCAGCUCUGACAGACACCCAGAACUUGCCACCUAUCCUGCCCUGCAGAGCCAGGAUCUGGGGUGUCAGUGCUCGGUGGCAGGUGAGCCUGAGGCGGCAAGGCCUGCGCAGGGCGGGCCUCCUUCCCCUCUUCCUGCGGGAUCGGGUGAGAGCACACCCGCACUGCAGCCCCGCCCCCAGCCAGGGCUCUCCGCUGCCCUCCUCCCCGCUCCUUACCGUGUGCCCAGCGGGUGCCAGGGAGGACAGGGAUGAGCAGCAGAGGGAUGCUGGCUUCCCUUCCCUGGCCAGGGAGAAUGAGCCUGUGAGAGCUGAGCCCAGGUCCCUCACGUCACAUCCCUAACAAGAAACCCCCUGGAGACCCUAGAUAGACACAAGGUGGCCUCUGGCUCCCCACAUCCAUCACAGAUGACCCACUGCCCUGUUCUGCACCUGUCACCCCUCCACAUAAGGCAGAACAAGAGAAGCAGAGAGCAGGCAGGUCUGGAGGUGGCAAUGGGUUUCUCCCCAGGUCCUGGCAUUUUGAAUUUGUAUCCCACAGGCAAGUCCUACCCAGUGCCCAGGGGACAUAAUUAUAAGGGGAACACAGUGGCUAAGAGCUCAGUCCCAGACCUGGGUUCCAUUCCACUUGCUCUCAGGGACACAGGCCAAAGUGCCUUCCUCUGCAAAGUGCCUGACAGAGUGACUGGUUUGUAGUAGGUACCCAGUAAAUCGUCGUGGUCAAUAGGAGUAAUUUUCUGCUCUGCCCAAGCUCCAGGCUAAGCCCACACCCUGCUCCUGCCAAGAAGCCUGCUCCCUGCGGCAGUUCCCCUCGCAGCCCAGGGUUGGGGCCCUGCACUCCAGGCCUGUCUGGUCCUGCCUGGGGACCGUCCUCCUGCACCACAGACCUGCGUCCCUCUCCCCUUGUCUCUGGGUUCCACAGACCCCAGCACCCUCCAUCCUGUCCACAGGGCUUCCUCAGCCUCGGCCCGCCUAGGACUCAGAUGGGAGGGGUGCUGGUCGUCCUGGGGUGUGCCUGGCUUAUUCAGGCCCCUUGUUCCUGGGAAAGGCAGCACAAGGCAAUGGCAGAGGACAGGUUUGGCUCCAGCCAGUGCCAGGAUGGAAUCCAGCCUCACGCUGCCGGCUUUGCUUCCUCAGCUUGCUCAUUCGUAAACGGGCAGGCAGGGCACCUCCCAUGCCAAGGGGCUCCAAGGAGACGCGCGGAGCACCUAACAGCACACUUGCUGUGCUCACUGCACACAGCCCGUCACCUGGACCUCAGGUGCCACCACGGCGACACCUAAAGGAGGCUCUGGGCUCUGUCUUCCCU